AUGGCGGAUCGGGAACGGCCUGCCAAAACCCCCAUUAGGGUGGGCUUUUAUGACAUAGAAAGAACCAUCGGGAAGGGAAACUUUGCCGUCGUUAAAUUAGCCCGACAUCGAAUAACGAAGACUGAGGUAGCAAUUAAGAUAAUAGAUAAAUCACAAUUAGACGCCAGUAAUCUUCAAAAGGUCUACAGGGAAGUGGACAUCAUGAAGAGGCUGGAUCAUCCUCAUAUUAUUAAGCUUUACCAGGUCAUGGAAACGAAGAACAUGAUCUACAUUGUCUCAGAAUACGCGAGCAAGGGAGAAAUUUUCGAUUACAUCGCGAGGUACGGCCGGAUGGCGGAGCAGGCGGCGAGGCGAAAGUUCUGGCAGAUAUUAUCCGCUGUCGAGUACUGUCACGAGAGGCGGAUAGUGCACAGAGAUCUCAAGGCGGAGAAUUUGUUGUUGGACGCCAAUAUGAAUAUAAAGAUCGCGGACUUCGGGUUCAGUAACUAUUACGCCCAGGGAGAGCUCUUGGCGACCUGGUGUGGCUCUCCGCCCUACGCGGCGCCCGAAGUCUUCGAAGGGAAGAGAUAUACGGGACCUGAAAUUGAUAUAUGGAGUCUCGGCGUGGUGCUAUACGUGCUCGUGUGUGGUGCACUGCCUUUCGACGGCUCCACUUUGCAAUCCCUUCGAGAUAGAGUGCUGUCAGGAAGAUUUAGGAUACCUUAUUUCAUGAGUGAAGAUUGCGAGUCACUCAUCCGAAAAAUGCUAGUCCUCGAACCGAUGAAGAGGUACACCAUAGACCAAAUAAAGAAACACCGGUGGAUGGCGACGGAGCCCUACGUAGCGCCCACCAUCACAGCGGACCCGAUGCGAAGCCCAGCUCACGUAUCACACAGCCAUGAGCCAAAUGAACAAGUGCUACGGCUCAUGCAAAGCUUGGGCAUAGAUCCUGUUAAAACCAAAGAGAGUCUUCGGUCGAACAGUUACGACCACCACGCAGCGAUCUAUCUGCUGCUGCUGGAACGUCUGCGGGCGCGGGCUGCCAGCGGUCUGUGUGAGGCCCGACGGCCCACGCGCAGACCCUCGUCCGUCGCAGACCAGGCGUUGGCCAGGGAGUUGCAUGACGCUAGGCGAGAACAUCAUAACAGGUUACUACACAGCGGCGACCAGUCGAGGGAAUAUAAUAGAGUGACAACAAAUGUGAGUGGACCUACAGCUGAUCCAUCCACCGCGGAGACGCAACGGCUUCUCUCCCUCGCAGGUGUGAAUAUGACUGAACAGAGGCUGCUCCAGAGGAAUUCCGAUCCCUCAGAUUCUCAUCGGAGCUUUCUUGUCGCCAACGAUAGAAAUGAAACUGACAGCACAAGACUUCUCUCCAUGAGAAACGUCGACGUGGCGCAGUCGAACCAACGGCUUGGAACUAAGCUUCUAGAAACACCUACCCACAAACUCCUUGCCUCCACCUAUGAACAGCAGCAGAACAUUCUGAAACAAUCCAGUGAAGACUGCAGGCGGCUGCUCCAACAAUCCACCACUGUGGGCCCGGAGCCAAAAACAGCAGACGGCAGAUUAUUAACAUCGUCCAGUUUUGAUUCAAAAUGUGCUAUAGACGGUGGUAGAACUUCCUCCGUAGCCGACAAUAGUGCCAUCGCGACUUUUCUACAGAACUCUGCGUCUGCAACUAAUUUUAAUUUGGACUCCAUGAAAAUGCCUAACUCCACUACGUUUACCAUGUGCUCUGAAGCAGCUAAACUUAUGAAUACGUUGCAGCAAUCACCACUGCCACUUAAAGGCACGGUCAAUUUAAGUACUAGUCCGAUACCGACUCAGUUUACUGAAACUAAGCUGAGUAGUGUUUUAGAACAGCCAAAGCCUCUAGAAUCGAGCAGGCUAGUUGCAGCCCAACAGCAAGAUAUCAAUAGAAUACAAACUAGUACGCCCCCAUUUAAAGACUACGUAAAUCAUAUACCCACAUAUUCGUAUUUACAGAGUACAAUACUGCCCCAAGUGUCUACUGAGACUAACCUCAAUAUGUCCACUGCUGCAGGGGAAUUAUACCAGAAUACUCUAUAUAGGCCAGAUAGCAAAUUCUCACUAAAUAGAUAUACGACUGGGCAGACGUAUAACCAGACGUUACCGGGCACCUCAAACGAGGCGACAAAAUUUCAACAGCAGUACUCCUCGUCAACAGACGAAGGUUGCGAAACGGAUAUGGAGGACGUGAACGCAACGGGUGGAGUCCAAAACAGAUUAAGCUCAUACGCUAGUUCCAGUUCAAGUAGCGGCGUGGUCACGUUUUUUAAUAAUAAGAGCCUUAGUCAAAACUUGAGCUGCGAUUCUUCUCAAAGCAACUUCUCGGCGUUCGAGAGUAUCGACUACCAAUUAUCAGAUUGUUCCAGUGAACUAGCUAGCAGUUUACCGAGUUGUACUUCUAACGACGACCGCCUAUCUUAUGAAAACAGUUCCCUCGUUAAUACUAGUCCGAUGCAUCCGUGCGUGUAUAUAUCGUCGUACAAUAAUAAAACACCCGGCACCGGUUUUAUAGCGCGACAUAAUCCUCUUAACUACCAAUCCGCUAAUAAAAGUUGCCCUCGAGCCGUCACACGGAGCCCGGUGGAUUUUAGAGAAGGUCGUCGUGCCAGCGACGGUUUAGUCGCGCAACAAGCCGCGCAGGCCGACGACGCACAGAAAAAUAGCAUAGCGUUCAAUAGCCAGAAACUUAACGAGAAUUGCAAAGCGAAGGGCGUAUUAGAACUCCAUUUGGUCCAAAAAGAGGCUCAGAAAUUGAAAACGCAAUACCAAUCGACUCUGCCAGCGGAGGAAAUGACGCAGCGGCAAAUUCAACAUAAUCAGUUUGCAGCGUCGUUCACCCCGCAUUACUUGGAUACCAAGAACCCAACGCCGAAGCGGAUCAGUUUGCCUGAAUCUUUCAAUUAUUCGAGUACUUCACCUCCGAUGCCAGCUAGUCCAAAAAUGGUUUCGCAAAUGCAAGACACUUCUGAGUUAUCGCACGGUUCCGUGUCGCAAGGGAGCAAACCUCCACUACAACAGCAGCUAAUGCAACACAGACUAUACCAACAAAAACGGCAAUUAUUACAGAAGCAGAUGACCCCACCAAAUCUUCCUGUGCACGAAAUGACAGCGUUGCACAACAUCCAAGUUGGCUUAAGCAGGCGACAAAUGCUGCGGCAACAGAGCUACAAAAUCGCGCAACAACAGCAAGUGCUACCUCCCUUACCUCUUUCAGAAUCGGAGAGUAGAGAUCUGAUGGCGUUUCAAGCGAUAGUCGAGGACCCUAACAGGAUAAAACACAAAGUCGACGAGCAUGACCCAGAAGAGUUAGCCAAAUACACCUACCAGGGUUCGAUGGAGAUAAAUAUAGUAAAUAAGGAUAGACUAGGUAAUGAGAAUUGGUCGAACUUGCCGUCCAGCUUGCAGAGCGCGUGUCAAAUAUCGGAGUUGGGGAGGCGGGAGGUGAAAGACCCUCAAGUGGAGGGGGAAAGCAGUCACUCGUUGGAUGCGCCGAUAUGGCCGGGCCAGUGGAAUUCGUCUCUGUUCCCGCCACAAACCUGCUUUCAGCCUAGCUGGCAAGGCCACAGCUUGCCGCCUUCAACGAAUAUGCUGCCACUUAGCGAAAGUCCAAUUUUGGAGUUAACAGAACAAAUGGAAUCAAUUUAA